AUGGUUUCACUCUGGGGUAGAAGGAACGGCAAUGCAGAGAGAGCGGAGGAUCAGGAGCAUGAAGAUGACGACCAGACGGAGCGAAUUCGACGACCCGUGGAGCCAGAUGAACGGUCUCGAUUAUUGCCUCGAGACCCUACUUGGUUGAGUCCCGAUGACCCUGCAGUCUCUCCUUAUAACCUGUGGAGCAUCCGAGCUUUGCAUGGGCUUACUUCAGUCUUUCUGGGCUUGAGUUUCAUUUGGUGGACAUUCAUACUCGUUUCGCUCUUCGUCGACCCACCGGCUAUGCACACUCGCGGAUCAGGAUUCUUCUCCUUCUCGUUCACGACAUUGACUGUUGGAUAUCUUAUAAUCGCAUUGAUGUUCUUUACCAUUCCGUCGAAACCUAUGACUCUGUGGGGAGUUGUGCUGUCCAUAUUUCUCCUGGUGGACAUGUGUGUCAUCUUUGGGGUGCCCAGUCUUCGCGUGGAAGAAGGCUGGGUGGGAAUUGCCUCGGUGGUCUGGGCGACAUUCAUAUCAUUCUACAACAUCAUUCAGAACUGGUCCGUCGCGUGGGGCAAAAGAGAAGAGGAAGAGCGGCUCACAGGCAGAGGUGAUCAGCGACGCCCGCUCAAAGAGUGGAUUGCCGUUCUUGCAGAGAGCAUCAUCAUCGUUGUUCUGGCUAUUGUUUCCAUCCUCUUUACUGCCAGCUUGGUCCUGCGUGCUCGAGACGCUACCCUCCCUGCUCCGGGUUCGCUAUACUCCGUGACUGGCCAGAACUAUCGGGUUCAUCUAGCGUGCUUUGGUAAAAACACCGACCAGAAAUCUGGUGGACACUCGCUGCCUACUAUUCUCGUCGAGGGUGGCGAGGGUCCAGUCGAAGAGACCCUGGAGCCAUUCAUCCACAACGCAUAUAAGAAGGGGACAAUCGGUCGGUACUGCUACUGGGAUCGACCGGGGCUUGGCUGGUCUGAUAAUGCACCAUCUCCACACUCUGCCGGAAUGGCUGCAGACUCUCUAGGCGAGGCACUCGCGCUCGCUGGUGAAGAGGGACCCUGGAUUCUAGUCUCUGCGGGAGUCGGUAGCAUCUACAGCCGUAUCUUCGCUACUCGACACAUCACCGAGGUACAAGGGAUGUUCCUAAUCGACGGCACCCACGAAGCCUACCUCUCCAACAUUGGAAAGCCUGGUCGCGGAUUUCUCCUCUGGUUGCGUGGAGUCUUCUCCCCACUUGGUCUGGACCGAAUCGCCGGAGCAAUCUUCAAGGGUCGCAGCCGUGAAGACCGUGUAUACGGCCGCAGCGCCUACCAAACCGGUAGAUACAUCAAAGCCAAACUCCAAGAGAACCUGGUCGCAGAGACAAUCACCAAAUCCGAGAUCCAGACUGCGCGGCACGUUCAGAUGCAAGACACCCCGCUCAUGGUGGUUAGCUCGGGCAUUGAAGUCGGCAAGAGCAGAGAUUGGGCUGCGCGCCAGGAAGAACUGACCAAAAUCACUGAUAGUCUUAUGGAAUGGGACGUGGUCGAUGGUGCGCCACAUGAAGUGUGGAGGUCUUUUGAAGGCCGACAGAUUCUGGAGUUGAGAUUAAGGCAGUUGGUUAGGGCUUGA